UAGUGAGGUUACUAAAUUCUGGUUGCUAAAUGACAAAAUAGCUCUCAUGAGAAAUGGCUCAGUUUCACAGAGGAGUGAAAAAGAAUCGACGGCAACACUUGUAUUCAAAUUUAUUUCGUCUUUUUUAUUCGAAUAGCAAUGGUUCAUGAUCCAAAAUUCAUUUUGCAUUUUAAAAAUGCCACUAAGAUAAGGUGUUGCGGUUGCAAAGGUGCGUGCUAACAAUAUCUGAUGCGUCCAAUUAUUUUAUUGGACAAGAUGUAUCAAAAGAUGACUAAAAACAGCAACACAAGAAACUUGAAAAGCUCGCACAGCCUCCCACAUCAUCGUCAUCGAAUUCCCAUUCCUUUAGAGCCCCUAAAAGAUGGACCAUCCAUGGAUCCAAAGGAAAGAAUUUUCCUCGAAGCUGCUGAAAGAGGAGAUAAAGCCACCAUGGUGCGUUGUUUACAAGCCCCAAAUCCAGUGAACGUAAACUGCACCAACAUCUUAGGACGGAGUGCCAUUCAAAUAGCAGCUGAUAAUGAAAAUGUAGAAAUAGUUGAACUUCUCCUACUAGAAGAAAAUGUUAAGAUCGGAGAUGCACUCCUAUAUGCUAUUAGUGAAGGUGUCUAUAAAAUAGUAGAAAUGUUAAUUAAUCAUCCAAGUAUCACUAGUGAGAUGUUAGCUAAUGGUUGGGCCAAAUCCCGAUUACCUGGUGAAGAAAGCUCUGAUUAUUCUCCAGAUAUUUCUCCUGUAAUACUUGCAGCACAUUGCAACCAAUUUGAAAUACUUCAGCUGCUUUUAACGCAUGGUGCAAUUAUUGAUAAACCUCAUCCUCUGUCUUGCACUUGUCCACGUUGUCGUGAGGGAAUUCAUACAGACAGCUUAAGAUAUUCACUUCGACGUAUUCAUACAUACCGAGCAUUGGCAAGUCCAGCCUGGAUUUCAUUAACAAGCGAGGAUCCUAUUCUCUCAGCAUUUAAGUUGUCGUGGGAACUCGAGCACCUCGCUCACAGAGAAAAUGAAUUCAAAGAAAUUUACUUAGUACUGAGCAAUCAGUGCAAAAAGUAUUCGUGUGAUCUUCUUGACCUCUGCCGCAGCACAGAAGAAGUUAUUGCAGUAUUAAAUAGAAGAACAGAAUCAGAAUAUGAUGAAGACGAACGAAACGCAGUUGAGGAAAAACUGACUCUCUCAAGACUGAAAAUGGCUCUUAAAUAUGAACAGAAACAGUUUGUAGCACAUCCAAAUUGCCAGCAACUGCUGACAUCUAUUUGGUAUGAAGGUUUCCCAGUGUGGAGAAGAAGAAAUGGUUUUAUGAAAAUUUUGCUGUGUUGUGGUCUCAUUGCCUGUAUUCCUGCAAUUUCACUAUAUUAUCUCAUCUGCCCGAGGUCCAAAAUGGGGAAACUCGUUCGAUCACCUUUCAUGAAAUUCAUAUAUCACAGUGCGUCAUUCGGAUGUUUCCUUCUUCUACUGGUAUUAGCUUCUACAAGAACAGAGGGAAGCGAAAGGUCGAGGCAGAACAUUCGAGGACCGCCACCAUCAUUUGUUGAAUGGCUCAUAUUUUUUUGGGUGACAGGAAUGGUGUGGGCUGAAUGCAAGCAACUUUGGGAAGAAGGCUUAAAAGCUUACGUACGACAGUGGUGGAACUGGUUAGAUUUCAUCAUGUUAUCAUUUUAUCUUGCAACUUUUUCUCUGAAAGCUGUUGCCUUCUUCCAAAUCCAUAGUGAUUAUUAUGGCAGCAGAGUCAUGGAGAGACAUCAUUGGCCUGAUAAUGAUCCUACUUUGAUAGCAGAAGGAGUGUUUGCCGUAGCAAAUGUUUUUAGUUUUGCAAGGAUAAUUUACUUGUUUCAAACGAAUCCCCAUCUGGGACCUCUGCAGAUAUCACUUGGUUGCAUGAUAGUGGAUAUUGCAAAAUUUCUCUUCAUAUUCUUUUUAAUUUUAACAUCUUUCGCAUGCGGUUUGAACCAACUCUACUGGUAUGCGGAUUACUUCGAUGAAAGCUGUCAAGUCCGACAAGAUAAUGGAACUACUUCUACGGCGGGGAACUGCAAUCAAAAUAGCGAACCUUUCAUGACAAUUGAUUCAAGCUAUACAUCAUUACUAUGGUCUUUAUUUGGUGUCAUACCUAUCAAAGAAAUCAGUAGUCGUAGAGACCAAGCAUUCACUAAGUGGGUAGGCCAUGCAUUGCUCGGUGCUUAUAUGAUAAUGGCAAUGACCGUCAUGAUUAACAUGCUUAUUGCUAUGAUGUCCAGAUCAUUCCAAGAUAUAGAAGAUCAUGCAGACAGAGAAUGGAAAUUUGCGAGAUCAAAGCUUUGGAUGAGUUAUUUCGACGAAGGUUCAACUCUUCCUCCUCCAUUUAAUCUCAUCAUUUCUCCAAAAUCUAUAUACUAUUUUUGUAGAGGAGUCAAAAAUCUUAUAUUCAAAUUAUUUCAAAGUAGUUUCAGACUCUGUGGUGUUAAAUCCGUAGACGUCAUAAAGCAUGAAGAUAAGUCUGUUAGUUAUAUAGGUGACUCAAUUACGGAUAAAAUUGAUCCUACUUCAUGUAUAAGUCCACCUCUUGAAAUAAAUAACUUAAAAAGUAAAGUUAACUACCAGGAAGUUAUGAAGAGAUUGGUAAGUAGAUAUAUACAUCAAGCAAAAAAGCAACUUAGACAAGAUGGAGUAAAUGAAGACGAUCUGUUGGAAAUAAAACAAGAUAUUUCUAGCUUGAGGUAUGAACUUCGAGAAGAUCGUAAGCGAGAAAGCGCCAGAAACACAGGGCAUAUUGAUAGUAUUAAACGAGAUAUAAUUCGCUCCCUUAGUGGAAGCCAGAUGCUUGGACCCAUGACUCCAUCUUCGACUUCACCACCACCAAUUGAUCAUAGAAUGGCUGUCCGCAGUGUUGACGAUGUUACAGACGAACGUGAAACAAGAGACAGAUUAAUUCUGCCACCAUUGACGUUAUCAAACCAAGAUAUAGAUCUAAUACGAAAAGAAGUAGUUGUUGGUGUUCAAAAUGAACUAAAAGCUCUUCUAAAAGAACUGCAAGCUCAGAAUGCUGCUGCAAAUCAGAUACACCAACCAACUCAUGUUCCUCCUCACCCACAGCAGGGUAUGAGAUUGCACCCAAAUCUACCACCUGCUGUUCCAGACCUUGCGUCCGACUUGUAUCAGACUCAUCUUUUUACCCAACUCUAGAUACCUGACCAUUUUGCCCCACCGUACCUCCCUCAAUAAAGAAGAACGUCAUUGCA